CCGCUCAGAGUCACAGGAUUGUCCGGGUCACAGAUUCCGGUGCAACACCUGUCCAGCCGUUAAAGCUGAAUUAACGUCGUUAUCGUCUUGGUUGUGAACUUUUAAUGGGUCGAACAAGACGAACUGGUGCCGUGCGAUGGAAAGAGAGGAGGAACAUUUAAAAGGAGCGAGUCGUGCAGAGUGGUUUUUCUUCAAAGCCAGAGUCGCCCUGACAGUGGCCAUCAUAAAGAAGAAGCCGUCGGGUAUGAGUGGCAGAGAGCACGCCGAGGCUUUGGCCUGCAGGUUGAAGAGCCAGGAUGAAAGCUGGAAGGAGAAAGCCCAGGGGCUGCAGCAGGAGGUGCUGAGCCUGCGACACGAACUACUCAUCACCAGAGCGACGGCGAACACAAAGAGCAGCACGGAGGCAGCAGGUAAUGACGACACCAUGGACAUCGCUUCACAGGAUCUGUUUGGUCCAGGAAGUGAGGUGUACAGCGCAGACCUUCAACCAGGCUCAGAGACUCCUGAACUCCUGCAGCAGGACACCCAACCUGCCAUCACGUUCCCUCAGCCGCCUCUUUCCUCCAGUCCUCGUGGAAAAGCCAUGCUCGCUCACGGGCACUUCCUCCAGUCGCUGUGCUCCCUCCACCGAGUAGAGGGGAACAACAGAGGCCUGGAGUCACUGUGGUUCAGCCCUGACGGAGGUGCGGGGUCAGAGUUGGUGGAGUCUGUGUGCCAGCUCCUGGACUCUGUGGUGGCAGCGUGCAGGGACCCCUCUCCGCUGGGACCUUGUGAGCUGGUCCUACAGGCCUGCCAGGUGGCGGCCCGAGCGAUGGACCUGUUCUGCUCUCAGAGGCUGCCGUCAGUAGAGUUCAAGAGACGGGUGGAGGAGUCGCUGAGGGAGCUGACGGAGCUGCUGCUGCACAGUGAUCAGCUCAGCAGGCUCCGGGCUGCAGAGAAGCUGAUGGAGUACCUGAUAACGCUGGGGAGCUGCAGCAUGUCAAAGUCUUUUCUUAUUCGUCACAUCCUCUCUCUAAUCAGCAGCCUGGCUGAUCAGCUCUGGCAGGCCUUCCAGGAGCAGGAGAGCUCGGGGCUGGACUGGUUUCCCGUGGACCAGCAUCAGAACUCGUGCUACCUCUUUUGGAUCCUGGAGGAGCUCCUGCAGAAAUCAAAGGUAGCGUGCACGGUGGAGGUGGAGGUGGGUUCGGAGCAGACGGGCUUCCUUAGUCACUUGGACCGGCGUGUCUUUCUAAUGUCAGAGGAGUUCCCCUUGUUUGUCAUCUGCAUGUGGAGGUUGGGAGGUCUCCUCACCUCCUCGGACAGAUAAGAUCCCCCAAGAAGCCUUCCAGAAGCAAAACAUGUGGUGAAAUGUUGGUAAUUGAAUAAUAACAAACGCCAGCAAAAUCAUUUAAAACCAGUUUUACCCCUUCAGUGUUGUAGUGAUUCGUUGGACAUUAAAGUGUUUUUAAUUGAGUAAUGAAACUGAAACUACUGAAAUCACCAAUGAGUCUUGUUGAGUACUAAUACUAAUCCUCCAUGAAUGUCUUUCUGUUGUGGAUCAGUGCUUAGAAAGGCCUCUGUUAUUGAUGUGAGUAAUAACUGAAGCUCUUUACAUUAUUAUUCCUCUCUAUUGAUAUGAGCGGCUCGGUGUCGGUUAUAUUUCCUGCAGGGGUUCAGUGCAGGGCUACACAAGUGCGACUAAAAUAAUUGGGAUCGUUUCCAGCUUGUUAACGGUUUGAGAAAAGUGUUAAAACUUCACAGAGUGAUGUGAUGCAGCAGUUUGGAUUCCUGAUUCAUUUAGAGGACAGUGUUUUUACACCAGUUGUUCUUUUAUGUGAUGUAGUAAAGAGUGACCUUCACCUUGAAACUGAAAUCUGUUUUCAUAUGAAAGUAAACACAAAUAGAUGAAAAAGAAAAGUGAUAAUACAAACAAAACAACACAAUAACACAACGUGAAA